AUGUCAGUGAGCUCGAUGCUUAAGCAAAAUUACUGGGUGAUAGCCAUCAACCGGGAGCGCAUGCUUCCGAGCUUCGGUCUAAAAGUGGGACUUUACAACUUCGUUGCGGAUACGCUCAAUACACUCUUCUUCCUGUACGGCGCUGGUAUCAUCAUUGAAUGGCUGUCGGAGCAGCAACGCCAUCAUUGGAAGAAGAAGGAAGAGAAUAAAGGCCAGGUGUACAUGGGUGGACUAUGGAGUUUGCCCAGGCAUAUCAAUUAUUUUGGAUACACGGUAUGGCGUGCAGGCUAUGCAAUCGCUGCUGGUGGAUUCGUUUGGGGUGCCACGAUCGCAGCACUAUCUGCUUUUCGAUUCACGCAAAGCAGUAUACCAGAGCUGCAGCGAUACAUGGAGUAUAAGUAUGGCGAGAAAUACCGCGAAUACGAGAAGAGGACGCCAUAUAAGAGCCCGCGAGAAAUAGCCGAGCAGCUCAACGACCUGUCAAUUUUCAUUCGAGAAGGAUUCUGCAAAGGCAUGGCGAUGGUUGCUCUGCCAUGCUACAAGCAUAUGAAUCACCUGUGCAAGCGCCUUCAUGAUUAUGCGUAUAGCAUUGCGAUGACUGCAUCUCCACGAUUCAUACCUCUGCCGGACCAGAACACCACACUUGACUUCUUGACAGCCAUUCAAAAGAUGGAGCAAUUUGCUACAUUUUUUCAACAAGCCGCGCAAAGGCUGCAGCAGUCUGCCCUCGCGGACGCGGUGGAAUCGGCUCUAGUGAAGGACCUCAAGAUCGCCGUGCAGCAUUCUCACAUACUGCUUGGAUCGAUCCCAAAGUCUCCAGAACACGCCGAUGAACCACACAGAAUUUUUACCAAGCAAGUUGACUCUACGAUGUGGACAGAAAGCAAAGAAGUGUUGACAACUGUGCUGGCUGUGACGUCUCCCUCAAACAUGCCAAAACAGAAAAGGGAGCGCGAUGGUGACGUUUCGCCGUUGACCCUCGGGAGUCCUGUAUUCAGAGUCCGCUUUGCUAGUCGCUCGUCGUCAGCAGAAGCCUCGGACCAUCCACAGGCAUCAAGUCGGCAACAAUUCACGAAUGCACAACCCGAGUCGAAGUACCUGGAAGUUCCACCUGCAUCUAAUCACUCACCAGGCUCCUCGGGAGCAACAACGCUAGCUGGCUCUCACACUCCUACUGAUCUUCGUCCACAUCCUCACGUGCUGCAGCACGCGCCUCAUAUGCUUCAAGGUCCGAGACUUGAAAGCCAGUGCGGCAUCAUGGAUCCUGAAGUCUUCAGUCGGAAGUUUGACAAGCUCAUGGGUAAAAGCCUCGAUUCGCCACCAGAUAUACACAGAACAGUACAACUGGGACAUAGGACACCAGAUGCUCGGGAACUUGGAAUAUAUAUCAAUGCCAUACCGCUUGAACUUCCCGGCAUUGAUACGAUUGGCCUCACGCUACCGCUCUGUGCUAGAGAAGUUCGGGUGAUCGACUAUGAUGUCCUUCGAUAUGUCCAUCUAGCGCUGCUCAGUAUCCAUUCAUUCGGCAUCGGUGCUGGUGGACCUGGGAAUGCAAAAGAAGCACGAAAUGUUUCUAGAGCUUUGCGCAGAAGCCGAGCGAUUGUUCAACGGGAGGUUGGUAGUCGGGCAUUUGAGAUUGAGCACGCGAAGCUCCACCCUGACGAUCACUCUGCUCAUAAGCAGAGUCCUGGGGUCAUCGAAACUCAUCAGGACUGGUCGCAUGUGCCACGAGGCAGAGAGGAAGCAGCACCUGGGAGUGUGCCCUCCAGUCACGAACCCGAGAUCUCCAGUCCAGAGUCAGCAGAGGCAGAUCAUAAGGUUGGGGGAGAUGCGGAGAAUCACCCUUCCCCUCCGUUGCAAGUCUUCAAGGCAUCGAUCGAAACACCUAUUGAUCGACGGACGUUCUUGCACAGACGUACUACGUCCGACUCAUCGAGCGAGAUAGCGGCACCUGGUCCCGCUGUGCCUCCAAGCAGUCAUGCGAGCUCUGAGGUCGGCAUUGGAAUCAUCGAGUCGUCGGAGAAAGAUCAUGCACCAAACAUCCGCAAAGCCCACCACCUCAUCCUCGCCCGCCCGCAUGUCGGCGUCCAAAGAGGAUCUUCUACCGGACAAAUAACACCAAUUCAAAGUCCUGCCAGUCAAAAAGCAAGCAGUACGACUGACAGUGCGAAAGGACGACGCGCAGAAGCCAAGGAGCUAGAUCGCACUCGUACCUGGAGCGUAGACUCAGCCUCGACUUCUACUCGUGGAAAAGGCGACUGGACGACCCAAAAUCAUUCUGCAAAAACCGAAAGCUCUUGGAACCACGACGACUGGAUCAAGAAGGCAUUGACACCUCAGACCACACCUGCCUCUGAAAUCCACCACCUGAAAUCUCAAAUCCAAGCCCUUCAAUCCCAAAUCUCCAACCUCACAACCAAAACUUCCCACACUGCUCCGCCUCCGACUUCAAGUUCUUUUGACGGUCGCCGCGAGCACUCCAUGUCCACCAGCGACGACAAACCUGAAUGGAUUGAGCAACCCGAUCCUUUUCGUGGUCGUAGCUCGCCGCCUUAUGUGCAACAUUUGAAUCCUAGGGAUGGGAAGGUUUAUAUUCUGGAUACGGUGGCUGGAGUUCCUGAACCGCUUGAUAAGCGGGAGAGUUUAUUGAGGAGUUCGAGGGGGAGGGGGAGGAUCGAGGGCGAAGCUUCAGAGGAUUGGGAGGACUGA